AUGUUAAUUGAUCGUUCGAGUGUAAAUUUCACUUUCUUGGCGUUUCAAACUUUCACGUUCAGAACGUAGGCCUAGGAAGAUGAAUUUCGCGAACAUACAUGUAUGGAUCGUGCUUGCAGUUGAUUUGUUUCUGCCGAGAACUGUAGAUGGAGAGAGGCUUUGUUCGUGUUAUAGCUUUAAUAACAAGUCAAGUGGUAUGGCGUGGCCACAAGCAAAUGGUAUCUGUAAACACCACAACAAAACCCUUGUGGUGAUGGAAACAGAGCAGGAAUGGGAAUUUAUCAAAAAUGCGAUUCAAAAUCGAGUAGGCAGUAAAUAUGGUGAAUGGUUUAUUGGUUUGGUGAAAGAUAUGACAACAAAGAAUUGGACUUGGAUCAAUGGCAAACCUCUGACUAUUGACAAAUGGGAGGGGUCAAAUCCUGACCCAGCUGACCAUUACGGGAUAAUUCAUGAGGAACUUCCAUCUGGAAUUAAAGGAUCUUUUAGCACUGUUAAAGAAAACGUACAAAGAGGAUGGAUUUGCGAGAAAGAAUCAGACAAUUGUCGAGGAGUCUGUUUCUUAUAUCCUAUUCAGAGGAGCACCAUUCCUCCUGGAACAAAAGCUGUUACUACGAAAGUCAAGACGUCAACAGAACAGGACAUCACUGACGUAUCAGGGUCUUUAACAAUUGUCUCCAUCCCUACAACGGCGAAAUCAACAGACACCCGUACCACUGCGGAUGACAAGAGCAGUUCUUCUCCCACAGUAAUGAUAGUGGGAGCAUCUUUAGGAGCAGUACUCUUCGUAGUGUUGAUCAUCCUCAUCACAGUCAUUUUGUUAAGACGAAAGAAACGUCAUGGAAAAGAUAGAGAGAGCGUACUGCCCAGAGAGUCUUCGCCGAAGAUGUCAGCGCCGAAAAAAGAAAAGGACCAAUUAGGAGAAAGUCAAUAUGAAUCUGUGAAUCAAGUUGAAGCCGCAAAGCUUCUUGGGUCACCGAACAGCAAGAAUAAUACUAGGCUUCAACCACUACCAGAAAAUUGUGAAUAUGCUGUUGUCAACAAGGCAAACAAGAAGCGAAAGGAGGGAGACCUUGUGUACGCUCAACUCGCCGAAUUUGACCAUGAAACUGAUGCCACCAAACCACCAAAACCACCCAGCUAUGAGCCUACGGUAUACGCUGAUGUGGAGGGACCACCCCCUGAGUUGCCUGGUAGAGAGGAUUCAGACUCCUCACAGCCAACAUACGCGAAUCUUGAAACGACUGGUGUCUGAAUGAAAUAAAUAUACGUAAUUUACCAGCCGGGAAGUUAGGGAAAAAUGAGCCCAAGUUCUUGGACACCGCAAGAGGUCGUACGCAAUAUCCUCCGGGACGUGCCGAAGGAAAAUAUGUAUUAAACCUAGCCACUUGUGACAAAGGUCGGUGACCUAAAAAAUGACUGCUUUCCCCCUCUAUCUGGUAAUUACCAACAUAGCAGGAUUGUUGUUUAUAGUAUUGAUAAUCUGUGAUCCUUGCUGGGGUUUUGAUACCACGACAGAAAAACGAAAAAUAUAGAAUUGGAUCCUUUUGGCUUUCUGUUUAAAAUCCAACAGUAAUUUUAGCCCUCUCUAUUAUAAGGGCGAUUUACGAGCAGACUUGACUGAAACAUUAUCAUAAGAGACGUGUAAACUCCAACAAACAAGGGAACCAAACGUUAAAUUAAAAAUAAGCGACGAAUGAUCAAGUUUAAUCCCAUAAGUUUUAGGUGUCCUGGAUUUCAAUACUAUGCUGCCUUAUAGCACCGACUUGUUCUGGAAAAUUUAAAAUCCCAUUUAAAAGAUUAAGAAAAAAAUUACGCCUCGAUCGCCUAAUCAGGGUGAAAUGAUAAAUUAAGACGAAGUCACAACAUUAGGUAAGCUGUGCCACUAGAGAAUUGGUUCAUAUUUAGCGCGCUGCUAUGUAUAUGUUAUUCUUCAGCCGGUUUCUGUCGUGCAAUUUAUGAUACAAAUGUCCAUAUAGAACAGACUUGUAAAGGCUAAUCAAGAGUGCAUGAAUAUUUUGUUGGAGUAGCCUACAGAGAAGGCGUAAUUUUGGCGAGCGAGUGCUCAGUAUUAUUCUUAACGGAAAUUAUGGCCGCCAUCUUCGAUUUUAAUGGCAGCGGAAGGCUGGGUAGAAAAAGAAAUUUUUACUAAGGGGGUGGUCGACGGUCAACAAUAAGGAGAGGGGUAAGGGUGGAGAAGUGCCCCUACCCCUGCCGUCUACUCUAACUCCAAAUUAAAUAUGGCCGGUCAGAUAAACGAUCGCGAGCAUAUGACGUUAGCUCGCACUAAUAAGACGCCUGCACUGCAGGCUAUUGUAGAAGUGAAAAGUUCAGUCACCGUUCAACAACGUGCAAAUUGUUUGAUAAAAUUUCGAUAAAUCCAAUCGGAUUUUCAUUACUACUGACUGACUUG